GUAGUAUCGCGAGAGUAGCGCGGUGGUCUCUAGGCAAAGCUGUCAGUGAAGGUUUGUGAACGAAGAGGCUUCAGAUUUACUGGAAAAAACGGCGUAAAUGUUACACUCUGCGCUUUCAUAGAGGUGCUUUAACAGCCAGUGUACGCGUAAUAACGCUUUAAUAACCUAUCUGUAGCGGAGAAACCGAGUGUUAGCCGGCUAGCUAACAAUAAAAACAGCAAAAGCAAAUGGCGUUGAAAAGGAUUCAGAAGGAGCUGACGGAUCUACAGAGGGAUCCUCCUGCCCAGUGCUCAGCCGGACCAGUGGGAGAAGACUUGUUUCAUUGGCAGGCUACGAUAAUGGGCCCGAACGACAGUCCUUACCAAGGCGGCGUGUUCUUCCUCACCAUCCACUUCCCUACAGACUACCCCUUUAAACCUCCCAAGGUCGCGUUCACGACAAAGAUCUACCAUCCCAACAUCAACAGUAACGGAAGCAUCUGCCUCGACAUCCUGCGCUCGCAGUGGUCUCCCGCACUCACCGUUUCCAAAGUUCUGCUCUCGAUCUGCUCGCUGUUAUGUGACCCGAACCCUGACGACCCUCUAGUGCCCGAGAUCGCACACACGUACAAAGCCGACAGAGAAAAGUACAACAGACUAGCGAGAGAGUGGACGCAAAAGUACGCCAUGUGAAAGGAGCACGCACGUCCGGACAAACACGGCGCAGCACAGCGCGAACGCACAGAGGAACCUGUUUUAACUUUUUUUAAAGCGACAGAGCGAGAGACGGAGAAACGGAGAGGUAGAUACGGAUCAACACUGAUGCUUCGGCAGAGAGGGAGAGGGGGGGAGAGAGCGGAGAGACCCGGGAAUACCACCGCCCGCUGGCUGUACGGCGCAAUCUCAGAGCCGCGCCCAGAAACACACCACACACACACACACACCACAUACAGCCUGGAGAACACUCGGGACAAACACAAACCCAGGAAACCAGACUCUACUGACGAUUACUCUGGUGACAUGUUGUUUCUCAUGAGUGUUUCUCUGCCUCUCAGAGAUGCAGACAGAUGGCUCCACUCACGCUCACACAACUCCGGGCAUUUCUCUGUACAUAUCACACAUGUGUGUUUUUUUUGUUGUUGUUUUUUUUCCCCCCUAUUCAUACCAGUUUACACUCAGGGGCACGGUGCGCUUCAUACCCCGUUACAGUAUUAACAACACUUACUUAAAGUCUUUUAGUAAACCAGAUUUUUUUGUUUGUUUGUUUUUUGUUUAUAGAAUGUCAAAAAUAAAUAUUAAAGCUGAACGUCUGUAUUAGAGAAGCAAGGACAGGACUCAGGACUAGCAUACAUGCACGUCCAGUUUAAUCCAGAUUAUUUAAAGAUACCCUGUUUUACGUAGGUUUUUCUUUAUCUCUUUUUUUUUUUGUCAGGGAGAAAAAAAAUACAGAAGAGUUAUGAUCAAAAUGUGUGUGUGUCCUAAGAUCAGGUCUAGUUUAUUCGAGUCAAAGCAGGACUUUUGAUUGUACAGAAUAAUUGUAAGAACACAAUUAUGAGACUUUAUUUCUCUAUAUAAUCCUCGGCUACACUAAUGCACUCCACUCAGUGUUUCACACCAUCAAGGUAGAACGUUUUCUUAGUACGGCGGUGGAUCACAUCUGAAACGCCGGACUCCCAGGAACUCCUUUAAUCACUUCUCCAAACGUGUGGAAAUGGCUUGGAGCGAGGUCAGGACUGUACGGGGGAUGUGUCAAUACCUCCCAGCCGUGUUUCCUGUAAUGUGCAAGUGGUGCUGGUGAAUGAUCAUGCAUACAGUUCCUGCAUCUCUUCAUCAUCAAGGUGACAUCGAUUUGUCUCUAAAAGCUCAUGGGGACGACUGCAGCAUGCUCUGAAUGAAGGCCUUGAAGUGAUUGACGUUUACAGAAGACUCCAAGCGCAGUACGGUGAUGAGACUCUUAGCCGCAGUAAAACAUCAGAAGCAUUUGAAAAAAAAAAAGGCCGUACGUCCGCGAGUGAUGAUGCCGAAUGGCCGAGGUGGCUUGGAGCCCACUGUAGUCGUUCAAACAAUCCCUGUGUGAAUUUGCAGGGAAGCGCCCAUGUAACCAUCCUGAAACCGGAUUAAACCGGACACGCGGAUUCUGUACAGCGCGAAGCAACACGUCUUGGGUGUGUGCGGUAGAAACAUCACGGCGCUGACUCAACACCGACACGACUUGUGUUUUUUAUGUUCUGAAGUGUUUUUUUUUUCACCUUUUUUCUGUGAGUGUUGCUCUUAACCCACAUUUCUCAUUACAGGGUUAAACAGCACUCAAGCCAAAUCCUCAUCCUGUCUCGUACGUACGCACGAUAACACAGUAUACGUUUAAUCACACGCGCGUACGGUCAUACCUCUCAGAGCAAUACAGUAGCUAAAGCAGAACCGUGACUAUACAAACUCCACCUUUUUUAGUGGAAAGUCUCUGUCGAUCCCUUGUAUAUACACAUGCACACACACACAAUGUGCAGCUAGUUCCCGUUUACAUUUACGCACAAACGUGGAGGAACAUCCUGGGUUUUAGGUGAGAAGCAUGUGAGUGUGUGGAGCUAGCAAGCGCGCUUAGCUAAUCUGUCUAGAGACAAAAUGUACUUAUUGUCCGCUAGCUUGAACGUUAGAUCCUGUACAUGAUCUACUUCGGUGAGGGGGGGAGGAAAUCAUGUUGCCUUUGUAAGACAUGUCGUUCCAGAGUCUCUUCCGUAUUUCUUCUUCGACUCGAGACGUCCAGUCACGUCACAUCGACUAAUCACCGUGAGACGGUUAGCUGGUGCGACCGCUGACGUACGGUUAUUUUGUUCCUGCUCGAACUUGAGAUCUUUUCCAACCGACGAGUGUUUAUCUUGCGUCUGAUUUUUACCUCAGCGUUUUCCCGCUUCUUUUGCGUAAGGACUCGGUUCUUCCUGCGUCUCCUCAAAAUAGAGUUUAACGAAUAGAAUUUGUGUAGAAUUAGAGUAGAUUAGUGAUUUUAGUAAACAUAUAGACUCAUCAAAUCCAUGAACUGGAAGCUAAAUGCGAAAAACCUGGUGGCCUCUUCAUGUAGUAAGGGAACGUUGUCCCAAAAUCUCCAGUUCACAUGAUGAUGAUGAUGAUGAUGAUUAUGGUCUGGGGUUAAAUAAGGUCAUUUCCAACCAUUUCAACCUCGAGACAUUUGGUCGAGUGUAAAAAAUGUGACGCGGAUGGAAGUCUGUGUGUAGAGAAGAAAAGAAAGAUUUGGAGAGAGAGGCAAGUUUUUCUCUCAAGAUCAUCAGGGCUUGAACAUUAAAGACAUGACAACAAACAAUAAGAAGCGCGGAUUUGAGAACGGAUUCUUUUCCGUUAUAAUUUGACUGGACUCGCGAGACUAAAGCGAGCUCCAGAUCACGAGUUCACUUCCUCACAGAGUUCGACGCAUCUUCUCAUUCAUGUAAAAGUUCUCCAUUUCCUCAACAUAUCCUAUUGACUAACACUAACAGCCGUUCGACUCUAGUUAUUCAUUGUGGCUGAAAGUAUGUGCACCCCUGACCCUCAGACAUCCGUAUAUGCUCCUUUUCCAAACCAGGUUCUUUCUUGGACGCGCCCGAUAAUCUUGAUAUCCUGUAUUUCCUUUCACUGUGACCCAGAUGUGGAGUGUUAGGGUUGGACAGGAAGAACUAGUGGUUAGGAUGAACCGGAAUGGGAACCAGAGAUAUUCCAAGACCAGGCCUGAGCUCACUUGAUACUCAUGUAGCCGAACGAACACAAAUCCAACAUCUGGUGCGCAGUCUUCAUAAGAGAUAAGAGAGGAACCAAGGAAAGACGUGUACAAGCGUGAUGAUGAUUAGAGGUGCACAGACUUUUGCCCAUGUAAAGAUUUAAAACAGUUUUAAGUGUGAGCUAGAAGGUCAAGACAGAUUUUGAGUUCUUGAUUUAACUUUGGUCUUUUUUAUUUUAUUCGUUUUUUCUGGAAAGUUUCUGAAUGUAUGUCAUUAAUGCUGCUUCUGUCUGGAUCAUUUGCUGCUUUUUUUUCUCGUCAUAUAUUUAUUAACCUUUUGUAUUUCCUAUUUAUUUAUCUUCACUAUCCACUACUGAGCUGCAGUUGGCCGUGACGUGAGGUGAUGUGCGUCAUGUGACCUCACGCUCCUCUCUGACCGGGACCUCAAAAACGGAACAGAUCGGUACGGACGCACUUUGCACUCUUCAAACAACCGUAUCAGGGAAGCUCUUCUCCACACUCCACUCUCUCAUCAUCAUCAUCAUCAUCACCUAGAGUCAAAUCCAGCCUUAACCUUUAAUCAGAACUGUACUGUAACAUGUCUUGCUUUUUGCCCACUGAAGACUUUUGGGAGGAGAGUGGUGCAGUGGACUCUCACGCAUUCAUACACACACGACACACACACACACUCUCUCUCUCUUAACGAGCCAGGCAACGUUCUCCUCGAGCUCUCAGAACUGCUGAAAUAAACCUCACAGCUGUUGGCGUUAGUGAAUAAAGCUCCUUUGGGUUUUA